AUUCUCCUGCUGCCAGACCGGAAGAACUGGGGGGAGAAAAAAAAAACCCUUCUAGAAAGCCUCUAUUAUCCCGUCAUUUCCAGAGCUGGCAAGCUGUGAUAUUAAAACGAGUCCAUAGAUCAAACGUGUGUCCUCUACACUAAACCAUGGGAACUGAUAAAAGGCUCAGUCGAGGUGAACGUAGUGGAAGAUAUGGUUCAGAUGGGAGGAGAGAUGAUAUAGACUGGCAUGAAAGACGAAGUAGAGAUGUGGAGAGGGAUUAUGACCGACGAUGGGGUGAUGAUAGACACCGAGAACGUUUUGAUGAGCGCAGAGACAGUCCAGAAAGGGGCCGAAAACGACGCAACAGUGACAGAUCUGAUGAUGAAUAUGAUGGGGAUUAUCUAGACCAGGACUACAAAAUGGAGCAAGAGGAGGAGAGCAAGACUAUUAUGUUAAGGGGUCUCUCUCUCCAUGUCACAGAGGAUGAUAUCCGCACAGCACUCGAGCAGCUACAGGGACCCCAGCCUGUGGACAUACGUUUGAUGAAGAAAAGGACAGGUAUAAGCCGAGGUUUCGCCUUCGUGGAGUUUUAUCACUUGCAAGAUUCUACCCGAUGGAUGGAGACCAAUCAGAACAAGUUGGUGAUCCAGGGGAAAAACAUUGCGGUGCACUACAGCAACAGGAGACAGAAGUUUGAAAACUGGCUUUGCAAUGCUUGUGGUCUGUACAAUUUUCGGAAGAGGCUGAAGUGUUUCAGGUGUGGAGCAGCAAAAGUUGAAGGAGAGUCUCCUGGGAUAAAUGGUUUAAAUGUAGAGUCUCAACAGCCAGGAGAUUACAACGGAGACACAAUAAUUUUGAGGAACAUUGCCCCCCUUUCAACCGUCGAUGGGAUUUUGAACAUAUUGGCUCCCUAUGCCAACCUGUCGGCAGGCAACAUCCGCCUCAUCAAAGACAAGCAAACAGGACAGAAUAGAGGCUUUGCCUUUGUUCAACUCACAUCUCCCUUGGAGGCUUCUCAGCUGCUCACCAUUCUCCAGAGCCUUCAGCCCCCUCUAAAACUGGAUGGAAAAACAAUCGGUGUGGAUUAUGCUAAGAGUGCUAGAAAAGACUCGGCACAGCCUGAUGGGAUCAGAGCCAGUGCUCUCUCUGUUGCCAGCACAGCCAUUGCUGCUGCUCAGUGGUCAUCCAGCCAGUUACAGCAGGGUUCAGGUGCCACUUCUGACUACAUUACUCUUCCAGAGAGCUUUGCACAGCAAAUACAGGGACAGAAUUAUCAAGUAUGGCAGCAGCAGCCAGAUGGAUUGUCUCCUGUGGUUGGAGAUGGAUUACUCGGAGCUGCUCCAGGAAUGAAGACUUUGAUCCCUGCGGCCACUGGUGUGGUCAUAUCCCAGACAGCUCAAGUUUUCCAACCUGUCAUUAUCAGCCAGCCUGCCAUACAGUCACAUCAACUAGCGAGGGCGCUUGAUGCAGUAAAACAGGCUGCUAGUGUUUGCACUGCAUCACUGGUAACACCAGUGAGUUCUGCUGUUGCAACUACGGUUUGUGCUGCCCCAGCUGCUAACGCAUCAGCUGUCCCUGAUACCUCCACAUACCAGUAUGAUGAGUCUUCAGGGUACUAUUAUGAUACACAGACUGGUCUGUACUAUGAUCCCAGCAGCCAGUACUACUAUAACUCGGAGACUCAGCAGUACCUCUACUGGGACAGUGAGAAACAGACGUAUGUCCCUGCGCCGUCAGACACAAGCACAGAACAAAUGUCCACAGCUAACACCACGGGAAGUUCAUCAGGCACCGGCACCACAAGCAAUAAAGAGCCCAAAGAGAAAAAGGAGAAGCCAAAAAGCAAGUCUGCACAGCAGAUUGCAAAGGACAUGGAACGAUGGGCAAAAAGCUUAAAUAAGCAAAAAGAAAGUUUUAAGAGCAGUUUCCAAGGCUUAGGACCAUAUAAGGAGGAAGACAAGAAAGAGUCUGCAGCUGCCGAUGCAGGUUUCUCCCUCUUCGAGAAGAAGCAAAUCGGAGGUUUUGAGAUGCCUGCCCUCAUGAAUGAACAAUUCAAGAUCACAGAGCAGGAGACCUCAGCUAAGAGUGGUCUGGUUGCUGCUUACAACGGGGACAGUGACCCAGAGGAGGGCAGCUCAGAUAGAGCAGCGGACGAGGAGGGAAAAAUAACAGACUGGAAGAAGAUGGUGUGUCUGUUGUGUCGACGGCAGUUCCCCACCAAAGAGGCUCUGCUGCGACACCAGCAGCUCUCUGACCUCCACAAGCAAAAUUUGGAAAUUCAGAGAAGAUCAAAGCUUUCAGAAGCUGAGCUGGAGGAGCUGGAGAGGAAAGAGACUGAGUUGAAAUACAGAGACAGAGCUGCAGAGAGGAGGGAGAAGUACGGUGUUCCAGAACCUCCUGCGCCUAAGAAGAAAUUUUAUCAACCUCCAACCCCAACAGUAAGCUAUGAACAGCCUACCAAAGACGGCCUUAUGAGCGAUAAUAUAGGGAACAAAAUGUUGCAAGCAAUGGGCUGGCAGGAGGGCAAAGGUCUGGGGCGCCACCAACAGGGCAUCACUACUCCCAUCUCGGCUUCAUUAAGGACCAAGGGCACAGGCUUGGGUAUUAAAGGGAGCUCGUAUGAACUCUCAGCAUCUGACACCUACAAAGAUGCUGUUCGUAAGGCUAUGUUUGCGCGCUUCACUGAGAUAGAGUGAACUGGAGAGAGAAAAGUG